AUGCAACAAUUGUCUUCGGUCAAAGAACUCGGUUUGCGAAGCAACUCAAGAGGAUCUCAGGUUGUCAGUCAUUCUUCCUCGUCUGUGGUACCUCAUUCAACGAAUCCCUCAACACCUGCUAGCCAGUCAUCUACUCGAGAGGUCGAGGUGCUCAGAUCCAAGAUCAAAUUACUUGAGGAUCAACUGGCUAAGGCCGAGCGCGCCUCGGCGGCAUCGGCUCAGAGCCCGAUAUGGGAUUCCAGAGGGAAUCAGUCGCAUAUCACGGGGAUAUUCCAUGUUCAUCGUGAAGCGCCUUCUGAGGGUCAGGCACCUACUAUGUCGCGGACUAUUGUGCACAAAACACGUAUUUUUGGUCAGAGUCACUGGAUAAACGGAGUUGCAGAGUUUAUGGAUAUCUUGGAAACAGUCGAGCCGCUUUUGUCGGCUGAUAAUUCGAAAGUGUUGUUCAAUUUACAAAAGUGCAAGUAUCUUGGGAGAAUAAUUAAAUCACAAAGGACGCCAUCAUGGCCUACUCCCUCGACUCCUGACUUGCCGCCGAAGAAUCUGGCGGAUGCCCUUGUGGAUGUAUAUCUACGCACAUACGAAUGCAGGUAUCGUGUGCUGCACGUACCGACAUUCCGAAAGGACUAUGACGCGUUAUGGGGAUCGGACACACCACCGGACAUGGAAUUUAUCAUCUUGCUGAAGCUGAUCAUGGCUAUUGGAGCUGUGGUCCACGAUGAUAAUUAUUCUCUGCGAACUCAGUCAGUUCACUGGGUCUACGAGGCACAAACAUGGAUUGCCGAGCCGGAUUUCAAAGCUCGUCUUACCUUGCCGUUCAUACAGAUCUCAAUCUUGUUGUUACUUGCAAGAGAGGCCGUCUGGGUGAAUGGAGCCUUGAUUUGGAUCACCGUGGGAGAAUUAGUCCGGACUGCAGUUUACAUGGGAAUGCAUAGGGAUCCCUCGUACCUGCCACAUAGAAGCACCUUUGUAUCAGAGAUGCGCCGCCGGCUAUGGAACACUAUUCUCGAACUGGCGCUGAACACGAGUGUCGAUUCAGGCGCUCCUCCAUUAUUGACACUGGAAGACUUUGAUACCCAUCCACCAGGGAACUUUGAAGAUGAAGAUAUUACUGCAGAUGAUCCUUCGCCCAAACCCGAUGGAACAUUUACCCAGAUGUCUAUCUCACUUGCCAUUCGAAAGAUGUUCAGUACUCGGCUGGCAAUUGCGAAGUCUUUGAAUGGGAUUGGAGCGCACUGUUCAUACGAAGAAACUAUUCACUUGGAUACAGAGCUUCGCACGUCUUAUCGAGCGAUAUGUCGAACACUGCAGGGAUAUGAUCCUGGUGUCUCAUCCCCAACACAAUUCCAAAUCCGAAUGCUCGACUUCUUGGUGCGCCGAUAUCUCUUAGCUCUCCAUACGCCAUUCUAUCCCCCUUCACUACACGAGACAUCAUACGCUUUCACAAGAAAAGUGGUCGUUGACACCGCGCUUCAAAUUUGGUGCGCCGUGAACCCUUCCUCAGACAUAAUGACCACCAGACACCGGAACCAACCUCAAUCCUCCGAACCAGAUUAUCUCGCCCGCCUUGCUAUAUGUGGAUCCGGGCCAUUGCGCAUGAUCACCACACAAAGGAGGAUACCAUUGGUCCUGUCCCCCCUACGUCGCGAUCUUCUUACUGUGGUUGAGAAUUCGUGCAAGUGGACUUGGAAAUGCUUACAGGCGGGCGAGACUAAUACGAAGGGAUACCUAUUCUUAUCACUGGUCAAUGCAAAUCUGGAAGGAAUGAUGCGUGGUAUCCCAGAAGACCAAUUCCCGCUUUUGUACCUCCGUGCAGCGGAGGAGGCACAAGCGACGUGCCUGGCAUUUUUUGAGGAGAGGGUUGGGGAGGGCGAAGAGAAUAUUCAAAUGGAAUUGGCAGGUAUCAAUGAGAUGCCUUUUGAAUCUCUUCCUAAUUUGAUCAGUAGUUGGGAUUUUAUGAUACCCGAACAAUUUGACCUUACGAGUGCAGACUCUAUCUAUUGGUCAUCAUGUGGAUUCUCCUAG